ACUCUGCCACUAGCACACCUGAUCAUCUGUUUUGACGUUUUGGUGACAACAAUACAAAAAAUGUUUUUUGAGUUCUUUUUCAAUUAAGUGUUCAAAAACCCAAAAAUGGCGGAGAAAAAGCCCAGCCCCUUGGACCUGAACAGUCCCAGCUUCAACCCCAACAUGUAUUUGGAUAAAUUAUUCAAAGAGUCCAACUUGAAGCAAAUAAUGGACCACGAGAGCGAAAUCGUCAAAGACACACAAACCUUGCAUUCCGACAUGCAAACCCUAGUUUACGAAAAUUAUAACAAAUUUAUUUCGGCUACAGACACCAUAAAAAAGAUGAAAGUCGAUUUCAAAAAAAUGGAAAACGAAAUGGACCUCCUCGCCUCAAACAUGUCGUCAAUUACGUCGUUUUCCGACCAAAUUAACUCGACUCUUCAGGACACAAGGAGCCAAAUUAGUAAAUUGUCGGGGGUGCACACGCUUUUGCAGCGCCUCCAGUUUUUAUUCAAACUGCCAACAAGCUUGAAAACUCGAAUGGAGGAAAAGCGAUACAUUGAGGCGGUUCAGGACUAUUUGCACGCCCAGCGUGUCUUGGAACAGUACGGUAACUUGCCAUCCUUGCAAGGCAUCAAAACCGACUGUGAAACCAUCCUUAUUGAGCUCAAAAAAGAACUGAGGAAGCACUUCAGUAACCCUCAAGCCUCGGCCAAGGAACUGACCGAAAGUGUGGAUUUGCUCCUGCAACUGAACGAGCCGGCCAAAGAGUUGUGUUCUGAAUUUUUGAUUUGUGCCGAAAAACGUCUCAGUGACCAACUAGUCAUGCUGAAGGACCAAAGCGAGCAACGGGACAUUUCCGAAUUUAUUGAUUUGGGUUGUUCGGGAUUUUUGAGCGAUUUGUGUCUGGUUGUGGCUUCCUUUGACGACAUGUUUAUCAAUCGCAACAAUUUGGAUAAUAUCGAAAAUAGUGAUAUUUUCGAAAAUUUUGCUGCAACUGAACUCAACAACUUUGUUAAACAAAACAUGGCGAAGUAUUUCGAUUUGGUGCAAAAUAAAGUCGAUUUGGAGCAGGAUGUUGGAGAUACGGCUGUUUUAGUUCAAGCCUUGGACCGGUUUUAUAAAAGGAUUGAAAGUAACACACUGUGCAGGGAUGUGGAUUUUUCGGCUCUUGCGACCGAGAUUGUGAUAAAUGCAGGUCGGAAACAGUGCAAAGCACAUUUGCAAAUCCUUAAAAUGCACUUUGCUGAUUGUUUGACCAAAGUGAGGCAAAACUUGACGACUCCAAAGCUGAUAAGUCAAGACGACUCAUCUAAAAAUCUGAAUGAGCUUCUCAGCACACUUAUAAUGUCAAUAGUUGAGAAAAUUAAGGGCGUUUUGCAGGACCUUGUGGUGUUCAUUCAACCAGAGGUGAAUUUCGCCCAAAAACCCCAAUUUAAAGACAGUUUUUGCGUGGAUAACGUCCGAGAGGGGCUCAUAGUAUGUUUCAUGCACCACUUGACUGCAACUGCGCGCAGUUACUGCGCUAUUGUGGCUUCCGACUUGAAGGUGCCCCCAACUGUCCUUCUCUUGUUGUCAAAAUUAUGCCUCGAUUUUCGCAACGGAAGCGUCAGUUUCGUGCUCUCUCAAACGGAUGAACUGUUUCAAAUCAACCCCAAACAAAGCGCUGCUUUGACUAACGAGGGCGAGAUUAAUAUGACGAUGCAAGAGUCGGCGCAAGAACUUUUGAAUUAUUACGUGAGGAUACAAGGACUUAACGUUUCACAGAUGUUGCGCAAAAGCGUCGAAACGAGGGACUGGCUGCACACAAUAGAGCCGCGGACUGUGAGGGCUGUGAUGAAACGAGUCGUUGAAGAUAUUUCAGCUAUUGACGCCACUGUUGCCCUUUUGUACGAAGACCAGGGUAAUAAUACGGAACACAGUAGCGAUUCCAGCCGUAAAACGCACAGUAUUUCGGUCUCAAGACACCAGUACAGGUCGAAUUGGUCAAGCUUGACCCCUAAUCACUUGGAUUCGACUCUAGUCUCGAAUAUGCACAAGUUGUUCAGCGAAAGGAUUGAAAUUUUCUCAACUGUUGAGUUUAAUAAAAUUUCGAUUCUCACUGGGAUUAUUAAGAUUAGUCUCAAGACGUUCAUGGAGUGCGUACGUCUGAAGACUUUUAGUAAAUUUGGCCUCCAACAAAUUCAAGUGGACACGCAUUACUUGCAGUUGUAUUUGUGGCGAUUUGUUGCGGAUGAAAACUUGGUUCAUUUCCUCCUGGAUGAGAUUUUGGGAUCAGCAGUCCACAGGUGCCUGGAACCGAUUUUAAUGGAACCAAGCGUUGUGGACAUCAUAUGUGAAAGGGGUUAGGUCAUGCAGCUUGCAUAAGUUACAAAUAUUUAUUAUUCUUUUGUAUUAUCUUGUUUAAAUAAAAAGGAGAAAUUUUAUCACA